CUCUGCAAGUAAACUUUGAACCAGGAGUCCGAUUGUAUAUCGACGGAGAUCUUUGUGAAGCGAGCUAGACCAGGUGAAUCAAUGGAAUCUCAAGAAGGAUCGCAGCAGCCGCAGCUUGUUUUGGCUCAUAAGCUCUUCCUCCUUACCCAAUCUGAUGUCCUAGAUAUCGAGAAGGUCCGCCUCCGCCAGGAAGUGUUGGAUUUCGUCUUGGCUGAAUCUAUGGCCCCGCUUUAUGAAACCCUAGUCGCCAAUUCAGUGCUCGAUACGAAUCAGUCCCUUUUGGAUUCUAUGCGUGCAAAGAAUGAGGAUGAACUCAAGAAACUUGAUGAGAAGAUUGCUGAUGCUGAAGAAAACUUAGGUGAAAGUGAAGUUAGAGAAGCUCACUUGGCCAAGUCCUUGUUCUUCGUUAAAAUUGGCGACAAGGACAAGGCUUUGGAACAGCUGAAGGUAACUGAAGGCAAGACAGUUGCUGUUGGGCAAAAGAUGGAUCUGGUCUUCCAUACUCUUCUGAUUGGAUUUUUCUAUAUGGACUUUGAUCUAAUCUCCAAGAGCAUUGAUAAAGCUAAGAAAUUAUUUGAGGAAGGAGGUGACUGGGAAAGGAAGAAUCGUCUUAAGGUUUAUGAAGGACUAUACUGCAUGUCAACCCGAGAUUUUAAGAAAGCAGCUAGUCUGUUUCUUGAUUCCAUCUCGACUUUCACUACUUACGAGAUUUUCCCUUAUGAUACCUUCAUAUUCUAUACUGUCGUUACUAGUAUCAUAACACUGGAUAGAGUUUCCUUGAAGCAAAAGGUGGUUGACGCCCCUGAAAUCUUGACAGUUAUUGGUAAAAUACCAUUCUUGUCGGAAUUUUUGAAUUCCCUGUAUGAGUGCAGAUACAAAUCUUUCUUCGUGGCAUUUGCCGGUCUGACUGAUCAAAUCAAGUUGGAUCGCUAUCUACAUCCUCACUUCCGAUAUUAUAUGAGGGAGAUUAGGACUGUUGUUUAUUCCCAGUUCUUGGAAUCUUACAAGAGUGUCACAAUUGAAGCAAUGGCAAACGCUUUUGGAGUAACAGUGGAUUUCAUUGAUCUGGAGUUAUCUCGAUACAUUGCUGCUGGAAAGCUUCACUGCAAGAUAGAUAAAGUUGCGGGUGUAUUGGAAACAAACCGUCCAGAUGCUAAGAAUGCUCUUUAUCAAGCAACUAUCAAACAAGGAGAUCUCUUGCUAAACCGAAUCCAGAAAUUGUCUCGUGUUAUUGAUCUUUGAAGAGAGCGGAUGAAUCUUGUUUUAGUGUACUUGACUGAGCGAUUUUACUUCUUCCUGUUGGAUACUUUGUUGACUCGCAUUGUAUUUGUCUCUCUUUAUUUUUAUGACCUAAAUUUGGAAAGUUAAUAGUUUUCUAGGGCCUGCUAUGUGCCACUGGCAACUGCUCUUAUCGCCUAUUUGUCGGGUUUUUAGGUGGAUUGUGCUGAGACCAAUUUUUACCUAUUGACUAUAGCAAAUUCAAA